AUGGUGUAUGAACUCAAACCGUUUGACCCAAUCAAACCCAUCCCCAACGAGAAGAAGCGUGUUGCUUACUUCUAUGAUGCCGAUGUCGGUAAUUACGCGUACGGUGCUGGACAUCCUAUGAAACCUCAUCGUAUAAGAAUGGCCCACUCGUUGAUCAUGAACUAUGGGCUUUACAAGAAGAUGGAAAUCUAUCGUGCUAAGCCUGCCACCAGAGAGGAAAUGUGCCAGUUCCACACCGAUGAGUAUAUUGAUUUCCUUGCGCGUGUGACGCCUGAUAAUUUGGAACUUUUCCAGAAAGAACAGGCGAAAUUCAAUGUCGGAGAAGAUUGUCCUGUGUUUGAUGGAUUAUUUGAAUACUGUGGGAUCAGUGGCGGGGGGUCCAUGGAGGGGGCUGCUCGUUUGAACCGAGGUAAAUGUGAUGUGGCGAUUAAUUACGCUGGGGGGUUGCACCAUGCGAAGAAAUCUGAGGCCUCCGGGUUUUGCUAUUUAAAUGACAUUGUGUUGGGUAUCAUUGAGCUAUUAAGAUACCACGCGCGUGUCUUGUACAUUGAUAUUGAUGUGCAUCAUGGGGACGGUGUGGAAGAAGCCUUUUAUACCACUGACAGAGUUAUGACCUGCUCUUUCCAUAAAUAUGGGGAAUUUUUCCCAGGGACAGGUGAUAUUAGAGAUAUCGGGGUUUCUAAAGGUAAGUACCAUUCUGUCAAUGUUCCAUUAAGAGAUGGUAUUGAUGAUGCCACGUACAAGAGUUUGUUCGAGCUGGUGAUAAAGCAUGUUAUUGAUUGGUACCAACCAUCGGCUAUUGUUUUGCAAUGUGGUGGGGAUUCUUUAUCUGGGGAUAGAUUAGGGUGUUUCAACUUAUCCAUGAAUGGUCAUGCAAAUUGUGUCAAUUAUGUGAAAUCUUUCAACUUGCCUCUCAUGGUUGUUGGUGGUGGUGGGUACACUAUGCGUAAUGUGGCGCGUACCUGGGCUUAUGAGACUGGUAUUUUAAAUAAUGAGAUUUUGGGUCCAGAUUUACCUUAUAAUGACUACUACGAAUAUUAUGGGCCAGAUUACAAAUUGGACGUCAGACCUUCCAAUAUGUUGAAUGCUAAUUCUCCAGAAUACCUCGAUAAAUUGUUGACUCAAUUGAUCAAGAACUUGGAACACACAAAGCACGCUCCAAGUGUUCAAAUGCACUAUACCCCUAACGACCGUGAAGACUUGGGGGAUGUGGAGGAAGACUCUGCAGAGGCUAAAGACACCAAAGGAGGAUCACAAUAUGCUAUAGACAAUACUAUUCAACAAGGAAAUGAAUUUUACGAAGAUGAUGAUAAGGCUGAAGGCAUAGGAUCUAAAAAUAUCGAAAAUCAUGAAAAUGGUGAACCAACUGUGGAUAUCAAAAUGAAGGACAGCAGCAACGGCAAGAUUAAUAUCGAUUCGAUAUCGUCAACAUGA